GUCCCACUCCAUUUAUAUCAAUGUUAAGAGUACGCCCAUUAUUUAUUCCCGAAUAAACAAAAAAUCCGUAUAUAGCAGUAGAAGUAAUUGAUAAACAAACAGUUAUUUUCAGACAUGAAAUAAAUUAAGGAUUAAAAUCAAUUACAAAAGAUAAACUAUAUAUGUGUACAAAAGUUAUACCUCCAGUAGGAAAAACUAAUUAAAUUUUAUCAAAAGGUAUUUUAGACUUAGUAAAUGAUAGUUUUAAAGGUUUUAGUUAGUCGGUAUUUAUUAUAGGUGGUAAAUUUUCUGGUAAAACUCAUACUUUUUUAGGAAAUAUUAAUGAUCCAGGUUUAGCUUUCUAAAUUUCUAGAGCUUUGUAUUAAUAAAAGUAAAAAAUAUUCAUAAAUAGUAAAAUAUUUGUAUCCUUUUUUGGAUUCGAAAAUGGCUUUAGGGAUUUAUUAGCAUUUACUGGUCAUUAUUUAGAACACGUAAGCACAUAAAAUGGAUGUUAUUUACCUGGUUUGGCUUAAAUUUAAUGCAAUGAAUAUCAUGAUUUUUUAUGUGGUUUAAAAUGUGCGUUAAAAAAUGAUGGUAAAAGAGAUAUUAAUAGAUCACCUUUUACAAGCUUUUUUAAAGAAUUUUUAGGAGGAAAAGGAAAAAGUUAUGUUAUUGGAAAUUGUUCACCUUUUAUUUAUGAUUUAGAAUAUUCGAUGAGGACAGUUAGAUAAAUUUAAUGGUCUUUUAAAAGUACAUGCAAUCCUUAAUAGAAUUUUUGGUAAGGAAAUGUAUAAGAAUCAUUUAAGUCAAAUUUUUAUAAAACUAUUUAAUUUUUUAAACCUUAAUAAUGA